AUGAUGCUACUCAAGCAACAGCAGGUGCUAUUUCAGCCAGCGUCUUGGAGGUACGUGUACUUCCUUCUGAUGAGUGUGGUUUUGCUGAGUUGCAUUCCUCGAGAAGUGACUCCUCUGUUUCUGACUAAAGGCUCAGCUAGUCCAGCCAGUGAGUUCAUUAAUAUCAAAGAAGGCAAGACACUGUCUAUGAACUGCUCUGCCCCGAGCAAAGAUUUAUAUCGAGUUUGGUUGGGUAAGUCAAUUGGAUCCGAUGACACUAAUUGGCUCACCCAGAAUUCCACCAUUAAGACAAAUGAUCCCCGAGUUUCCAUCGCAACUCGCUCGUUUGAUGAGCACAGCGCAUUUUAUAUGCAAAUAACUGACAGCACCGAAUCAGAUGCUGGAAGGUACAAAUGUCAUGUAACGUGGGGAGGCGCUAACUCGUUUGGAUACAUCUUCGUAUCGGUGCAAUACUUUCCGGCAGAAAACCCAAUCUGUGCCACGAAUGAAAGCGAUCGGAUUUCGACCGAAAGCAUCGCCGUGUGGUGCGACACUGCGAUCGGCAACCCUGAGGUGACCAUCACUUGGAGAGUGGACCAUUCUGACAAGAAGUCACAGGUAUCGUCUACAGCACAGAACUACCGCAGAACGCACGAGUAA